AUGACCGUCAUAGAAACUCCUCUCUGGGAACAACGCGCCGCCCAAAAACGAGCAGCAAGAGACAGCCUCGUCUCCAAAUGGCAGCCAGGCCCUAUGCCGCCAUUACGUCCAGACGAAACCUACGUCAAGGACUUCCCCAAUCGCUGCGGCCUCUUGACCGACGAGCAGCUUACCAUAACCGAGACGCCGCCGAGCCAACUCCUCUCCCACCUCUCAAGCGGCUACUGGUCCGCAGAAAGUGUAACUCGGGCGUUUAUUGCGCGCGCAACAAUCGCUCACUACCUAACAAAUCCCCUCGCCGAGGUCCUGUUCGACCGGGCCGUCGCACGCGCGCAAGAGCUUGACCAUAUUCUCUCCACCACCGGGACCCCGCUGGGCCCGCUGCACGGUCUGCCCAUCAGCCUUAAAGACGUGCUGAACAUCACCGACACAGAAACCACACUCGGCUUCGUCGCGAGGAUCGGCCAUAUCCCUGCGCAGGAAGACCGCCUUGUCACCAAGCUCCACAACGCAGGCGCCGUGCUCUAUUGCAAAACCAACGUCCCGCAGACGCUGAUGUCCGGUGAAUGCGUGAACUUCGUCUUCGGCCGUACUUCCACCCCCCAUAACACCCGGUUAACCGCCGGCGGUUCCAGCGGCGGCGAGGGAUCGUUGAUCGCCCUCGGGGGCAGUCCGCUAGGAAUUGGCAGCGACAUUGCCGGAUCGAUCCGCACCCCUGCCAAUUUCAACGGGAUCUUCGGGAUAUGUCCGUCGGCGGGGCGGUUCCCCGCACAUUCUGCCGUCAACGCCGACGGAAUGAUGACCAUCCAGGGGGUGGCGGGUCCGCUGAGUCGCAGCGUCGAUGGGCUGGAGGUGUAUACGCGAGCGCUGCUAGGCCUGCGGCCAUGGGAGUGGGAUUUUAGCAGUGUCCGGAUGCCCUGGCGGGAGGAGGAGUAUUGCGAGGGACGCGGCGAGAGACACCCGCUCUGCUUCGCGUUCAUGCCGCAUGACUGCGUCGUGCUUCCGAACCCGCCGAUCCGGCGCGGGAUGCAAGUCUUGAAGCAGGCGCUGGUGUCUGCGGGUCAUCAGGUCAUUGAUAUCGAUCCCUGGGACGGACAGGAGCUCAUGGACGCGGCGUUCCCGACCUUCUUCGCGAGUGGCGGCGAGGAGGUGAAAACGCUGCUUGGCGUGCUGGACGAGCCGCUCAUCGACGAGGUGACGCCGCUAAAUUCAAUGACUACGCUCUCUGUCUCGCAGUAUCGAGCCACCGCGGUUAAGGUGAAGAUGCUGCGGGAGAAGUAUCUGGAUAUCUGGCAGGCUACGGCGGCGAGAACGGCGACAGGUUUACCAGUCGAUGCGGUCAUCUUGCCGUCUGGGGGUACUGUGGCUCCUCCACAUGGAAAGAUGGAGUAUUUCACCUACGAGGCGAUUUCGAAUGUCCUUGAUUGGACGUGUGCUACGGUCCCGGUGUCGACGGUGGAUCCUGUGCUUGAUGUCAGGACGGAGGACUUGUUUGAGCCGAUGUCAGAAUACGAUCGGAGGAAUUGGGAUAGUUAUACGCCGGAAAAGUAUAAGGAUGCACCGGUGUGCUUGCAGGUGAUGGGACGGCGCUUCGAAGAGGAAAAGGUUCUCGGACUGCUACAAACAGUCAAUCGGGCACUGGGAAGAGAUGAGCUUUACAUGGCAUGAUUUUCCAUCUUACGCAAAGCUGCGUUGAAAGCUCCAG